AUGGCAGUGAAAGAGAAUGGACAAGUGACAGAAGUCACGUCUAAAGUCAAUGGUCGAACGGAUCUUGAAAAGCCACGGAAGAAGGGCUUCGUGCGAUGGACAGUCGGACUUGUCGUGAGGCUGUGUAUCUGGUACGCACUCCUGUCGCCAUUCCUCAGAUGCCCAUCCCACCUCGAAGACCUCACGGAGAUCUCGCCUCGAGUCUGCAAGCCAUACCUGAUUGCUCGUUCACAUGUGGAACCUUAUGUGACGCCAUAUUAUGAUAUUUAUGCGGCGCCUUACGUCGAUCAAGCCCAGCCAUACGUGGAAGUGUUUAAUCACCGAGUUUAUACCCCGGCAUCCAAAGUUGCCAAAUCCGGGUAUGAAAAGUACGGAGCGCCGGCAUUGAAGCAAGCUCAGGCCUAUGGGGUUGAGCAAUGGGAAAAUCAAGUCACACCAAGACUUCACACUGCUCAAAGUAAGGUGCACCAGCUUUAUCUAGUCGAGGUCGAUCCCUAUGUCCAGCAAAGCGCUGCUAUUGUCUCUCCGUAUUAUCAGAGGGCCCACAAUGUUAUUCUCACUGUGUAUCAGGGCCAUCUGGUACCUUUCUACGCCAGUUCCAAGCCUUUCAUCUGGAAGGCUUACUCCACUGGCCAGAGUAUUUUGACAACCCAUGUCAUGCCCCGGGCGCAGUAUGCAUGGUCAUCUGCGGUCUACUUUGCUAAUAGCUCACUAUGGCCUCACGUUACCGGUCUUUACUCUGAGCAAGUGGAGCCCCAGCUAGUCAAGAUUGGCCAGCGGUUAGCAAGCUACAGGGAGGGCAAGCGACUUCGCGCUGUGAUAGAAGAUGUGGAUAGUUCGACUGUGCAGCCUGUUACCUCCUCGACCACCAAGUCAGAGGAGCAAAUCCACACCACGACCACUGUGACCUCAACCUCCACGCCCCUGUCUCCUGCCCAACCCACACUGACUCCUACCGAGCAAGCGCAGCAAGCCCGUGAGAAGAUAGAUUUGGACCUUGAGCGGUGGCAGGGAAAGUUUGCUCUCGCGGCUAAUAAAGGUAUUGAAGACCUUGAGGAACGUAUUGGGGAAAUCGUAUCCGCCCUAGUUGCAAGCAGCGCGAACAGCCAUGGCCAGAGCCUUUCUACCGCGCUUCAGUCGGUUUCCGCUGAGCAGAUUUCCUCCGUCAAACAACGUAUCAAUGAACUCGCAGGUUCAAUGCCAGAGGAGGACUCCCCGGAGAUCGAGAAGUCUACUAGCGACUUGCUGGUUGGAGAUAUCCGAGCUUCUGCUAUCUUUGUGAGAGAUCGCGCACAUGCACUCCGAGAGUGGUCUAUCUCGUUUGAGGACGAACUUGUUCGUCGAGUCACUGCUGCCGUCAAUUCGACACUGGAUGUUCUGGACAGCAUUCGCGAUCUAGGCCUACAGGAAAUUGGUAUGCGCUGGGCGUGGAUGGAUGGUGUCACAUACAAGGAUUGGGCUAAGUACCAUGCCCUCAAAACGCAACUCGAAGAAUGGCGCGCCGACAUCCGAAAUGUCGGCAUGAAUCACAAAUCCGUAUCUGACGCUAGAGCCGUGGCCAGUGACAUCCUGGACCAGGGCAUGCAUGAAGCCGAACAAGCUGCCAGAGAACUUGUCCGGUUGAAGGAUGUUGGGAUCUGGAAGAUCGCUGCUCGUGAAGUAAGCGAUAAUUUCGACACUCGCACCGGAGCCCCGCCGGCUAGGCCCAAGCCCCAGGAGACUGAGGAACCUGACGAAGAGGCCAUCAAGGUGGAUUCCGAACACGAUGAGUCUCCCGAAGCCAUGUCAGCGUCAACAUCUGACGACACUUACGAGGAAGCACACUCUGCCGAUGGACCUUCCACGGCUGUUGAUGCUGAGGCGUAUUUUGAUGGCGCGGACGAGUCUGUUAUGGAUGAUGAUAUUCUGGUAGAAGAGCAGCCCUCAACGAGAUCCGCCUUUGGUGUUGCGGCUGCCGAUGCAAAUUCGCAUCAAGCACCGAUCUUGGAUGACGAAGGUCACGAUGUCCUAGACAGUCUGGCAAGCAAGGCCAGCGACACCUACGCCGAAGUGAGCAAUGCUGUCAGUGAAGCUAUUUACGGUGCAUCGACAACCUCCGGAGUCGGUGAGAAGGCAGCAUCAUUGGCCAGCGAACAGUACUCUCUUGCCUGGUCCGCCGCCUCUACCGUUAUCCAUGGCACUCCUCUGAGCCCCCGGGAGCAGGUUUCCAGUGCCGCCUCUGAAAAAUAUAGCGAGGCUGUAGCCGCUGCGUCCUCGGUCAUUUACGGCACUCCAACACCGAUUGUCCAAUCUUUCAUGGGCGGAGCCAGCUCAGCAUUUGCUCAUUCGACAGAGCAGGCUAAAGUACUCUAUGAGAUCGCAAAGUCUCAGGUUCUUGGCCAAAUGGCUGAAUCUAGCGCUCCUGCUCAUUCCCAGCUCCUAGCUUCCAUAGAGUCGGCCUAUUCGGAGUCUCUAAAAUAUGCCACAGAUGAGCUGGAGUCGAAGCUCCGCGCUGUUCGUGCUACCGCGACGCCAUCCAACGCUGGACCUCUGGCCCAAAUUUCAUCCAUCGCAUCUUCCCGCCUAAGCCAGGGACUGAGUUUAGCAUCCGAACAACUAUCUCAAGUGCAGCAACCAGAGCCAACAGCCAGUCCUCGGGGAGGUCUCGACCCAUUCGUGCUUGAUGCCCAGCGUCGAUACUACGAGGCAGUCGGUUUGGCCCAUGACCACUACUCCGCUUUUGUCUCUACGGCAUCUGGAGCGGUCUAUGGUUCUCCAACUCCAACUCCAGCCAAGGGAAUCAUUGAGGAAGCUGGCUCACAGUACGAGCGCGCUUCCUCGUUGGCUUCUGCCAGCCUUGCCGCUGUUGUCGCAUCGGCAAGCUCGGUCAUCUCUUCUGCGGAUGGUGGCAAAGCACAAGGUAUUAUUGAUGAUGCUUCAUCCAGAUACAAUGCCGCCCUCUCUGCGGCUUCUUCAUCUCUCUCUGAGGCCUCCAUUUCGGCCAGCUCGGCUAUCUAUGGAACUCCCACCGGCCCUGUAGAGUCACUUUCUAGUCAGGCAUCUGAAAGCUGGGAAAAUCUCAUCUCUAAAGCCAGCGAGCAGAUCUACGGCACACCAACACCGUAUCUGCAGCAAGUGCUGAACCAUGGGCGUCCGCAGUUUGAGGCAGUCCAAGAACUCGUCUCUGAACUGAUCGUGGGCAAGCAGCCUUCGUUUACCGAGAGUGUGCUGAGCAAGCUGCACGCGGCAUACGAGACGCCAUACCCAGCUGCUGCCAUCUCAUCUGCCUCUAGCUACGUUAAUGAGGCUUACGGAUCAGCAUCCUCCGCCGCCGCUUCUAUCGUUUCGGAACCCCCAAGCGUAGAGGACAUCAUACAACACGCGAAUGACCAACUACAUGCUGCUGUUGAAGCCGCCAGCGUUGGUAUCUACGAAAUUCCUAAGGGUUCCUAUGAAAAGGCCACCGAUGCUGCAGCCGAUGCCUACACAACAGCUUCUGCCCAGAUCAGUGGUGCGGUUUACGGCAAGGAAUCUGGUUACAUCGAUCGCGCCAAGGAUUCUAUUGAGAGUAUUCAAUCCAAAGCCAGCACUGCUAUUUAUGGCCAGGAACCCAAUGCAAUGGAGAGCGCGGGUUCACGCCUCAUCGAAGCCCUUGAGAGCGCCAAUUCCCAACUGACUCAUCUAGCCGCAAGCUAUGGCAGCGUCGCGUCUGAGGCAGUCGAGACCGCCGCAUCCCACGUUGAGGAUGCAACAAGCAGCAUCAAGAGUGCUGCAGCUUCAGUCAAAGAUGAACUCUGA